AAUUCUUCUUGUUUUGAAAUUACUAUCUUUCGAUUAUCAUUCACAUUGUGAAACUGUGAAUUUUAGAGCUUUUGUUGGAGAUGCAUUAUGUUCGUUGAAGAUUAGUAUCCAUGGAGGUUGUUUGAUCUUCUUUGUUCGAUAAUUUGAGUUAUGUUUCUGAAAUUUUAACAUCUUUUUUUAAUUUUAAUUUCGUCCUGUGUACUAUAAAUGAAUGAACAAUUUGGUUUCUUCAUUGUGAUAAAAGCAGACUGGGAAGAACAAUUAAUUGAAGAUUUUGGCGUUAGAGAAGUUAGAAUCUCUAUGUAGAAACUAAUUGCCAGUUGAGGCGAUUAUUUCGAUUUUGAAUCAGAAUUUUUAUCAACUGCCUUUUUUUAUGUGGAUUUUCAAGAGUUGGUUGAUAAUUUUUUCUGAUCUCGUUUCUGUUCUUGGUUUGCUUUGGAACUCGUGUUUGUUGGUUGCCUUUCCUACUUUCUUUGAAUCGGGGGUGCAGCUGUUAAACGUUCAAUAAUGGCAAUUCAACUCAACGUGUGACUUCAGCGGAGACAUAGGAUUUAAAAAUGACAGGAUCUGAAAGUGAAUCUCCCACUGUCAUUGCUUCCAAUACACAGAUAGACUGUGAAGGUGGAGGUCCAACAGGUCCUGUUGCCAAUGGAGUAAUAUAUUCUGCUCCUGUCGCCAAUGGAGUAAUAUAUUCUGAAAGUCCUAAAUUCUUUCCUACCAAAGAUCCACCUUGUGUAAUUUCUGAAGUUGUCCAUGAUCACGACAAAAUCACUGAAAAGGGUAAUCACGAUGCAAUGGAUGUUCAUUCUCCCAAUGAUCUCAAGCAAGGUGGUUUAAAUAGAGGUUUCAUUGAAACCAAGGCACCUAUUGAAUCUGUAAAAGCAGCUGUCUCUAAAUUUGGAGGGAUUGUUGAUUGGAAAUCACGUCGACUCCAUUCUAUGGUGGAGAGAAGUAAGACAGUGGAGGAAAGACUUGAGGAUGUGCAUGAGGAGCUUCGUAGGUGUACGAGAGCGUCAGAGGAAGCUGCGGAGGCAGAAUUCCAAGUGUUGAAGGAGCUCGAAAGCACUAAACAACACAUAGAAGAAUUAAGGCUUGCACUGGAGAUUGCUCAGACAGAAGAGCAACAGGCAAAACAAGAUUUAGAACUCGCCAAGCUUAGAUUGGAGGAGAUGGAGAAAAGAAUCACGGAGGAGAUGGAGAAAACAAUCACCGAGGAGAAUAAUGAAGCUCUGGCCAAGGCACAGCUUGAGAUGGCCAUGGCCGGGCAUGCUGCUGCAGUUUCAGAACUGAAAGCCAUUAGAGAAGAAUUGGAAGUACUACGUAACGAAUUUACUUCUUUAGUGACCGAGAGAGAUUCCGCUGUGAAAAACGCUGAUGAUGCUCUUGCUGAGUCUAAGGAAGGUGAGAAGGCACUAGGGGAGCUGACUAUGGAACUGGUAGCUUUAAAGAAAGCGUUAGAGUCUGCACAAGCUUCCCAUUUAGAAACAGAAGAACAAAGGAUGGAUGCAGCCUUGGUCAAAGAGCAAGAUUGCUUCAAAUGGAAGAAGGAGCUCGUUGACGCAGAAGAGGAGUUUUGUAGACUAAAUAUGCAAAUUCUGUCAAUUGAAGAUCUUAAAUUUAAAGUCGAUACUGCCUCAACUUUAUUAUCGGAUUUGAAAGCCGAAAUGUUGGCCUAUAUGAACUCGGUAUUAAUGGAGGAGACAAGUGAUGUACAGCACUUGAAAGGUGAAAUUUCCGAAACUGAGAAGAAAAUAAGUACUACACGAUCAGCGAUUAAUUCAACAAAGAUGGAACUGGAAGAAGUAAAGCUCAACAUAGAGAAAGCAAUGUCUGAGGUAGAAUGCUUGAAGAUGGCUGCGGCUUCACUAAAAUCAGAGCUAGAAGUGGAGGAAUCUAUUAUGGCCACCACUAAGAAGAGAGAAGCCAGGCAUUGUGAGGUAGCUGCAUCAUUUGAAGCUGAAUUGGAUAACAUGUCCGAAAUAGUUGUUGUUCAGGGAAACGUAAGAGAAGCUCAAGGAAGUAGUGGAAACCUGACCAAUCAAUUGAAGCAAGCAGCAGAGGAGGCUGAUCAGGCCAAGUCACUUGCUCAGAUGGCUCGUGAAGAGCUGCAAAUGGCAAAGAUAGAAGCAGAGCAAGCAAAGGCAGAAUCAAGAGCAAUGGAAAAUAGAUUACUUGCAGCUCAGAAUGAGAUCGAGGCUUCCAAUGCUUCAAAAAUGUUAGCAUUAUCAGCAAUCAAAGCACUAAAAGAGAGUGAGGCCUCUGAAACCGCCAGAGAAGUUUCGCCAACCAUAGUAACUAUUUCACAAGAGGAAUACAAUGAACUCAGCGAACGUGCCUGCGAGGCCGAGGAGCAAGCCAGAAUCAAGGUGACAGAAACAAUUUCACAAAUUGAGGUCGCUAAGGAAUCCGAGGCAAAAAGUCAACAAAUGCUGGAAGAAGUUACUCGCGAACUAGUUGCCAGACAGGAAGCGCUGAAAGCUGCAACGGAAAGGGAGACUGAGGCCGAGGAAGGAAAGUUAGCAGUAGAACAAGAGCUGAGAGUACGGAGGGCAGAACAAGAGCUGAGAAUACGGAGGGCAGAACAAGAGCAACAAAGGGAGGACGAUAAAACUGGCCAUGAAGUAGCAGUCCCUACAACAAGCCCAAGAAUAAGCAUUGAAGUAGAACAAUCAACAACUGGUGACCAAGCAGACGAUUCUCCUUCUCCCCAAGAGGACCAACAACUGGUGACCAGCCAAACAACCGGUAAUCAAGCCACAGACGAUUCUUUUGCUCCCCAAGAGAACCAACAACUGGUGAUCAGCCAAACAACUGGUAACCAAGCCGUAGACGAUUCUCCUUCUCCCCAAGAGAACCAACCAACUGGUAACCAAGCCGCAGAUGAUUAUCCUGCUCCCCAAGAGAACCAAACAACUGGUAACCAAGCUGCAGACAAUUCUCCUACUCCCCAAGAGAACCAACAACUGGUGACCGGCCAAACAACUGGUAACCAAGCUGCAGACGAUUCUCCUGCUCCCCAAGAGGACCAACAACUAGUGACCAGCCAAACAACUGGUAACCAAGCUGCAGACGAUUCUUCUGCUCCCAAAGAGAACCAAACAACUGGUAACCAAGCUGCAGACGAUUCUCCUGCUCCCCAAGAGGACCAACAACUAGUGACCAGCCAAACAACUGGUAACCAAGCUGCAGACGAUUCUCCUGCUCCCAAAGAUAACCAAACAACUGGUAACCAAGUUGCAGACGAUUCUCCUGCUCCCCAAGAAGACCAACAACUGGUGACCAGCCAAACAACUGGUAACCAAGCUGCAAACGAUUCUCCUGCUCCCAAAGAGAACCAAACAAUUGGUAACCAAGCCGCAGACGAUUCUCCUGCUCCCCAAGAGAACAAAACAGCUGGUAACCAAGCCGCAGACAAUUCUCCUGCUCCCCAAGAGAACCAACAACAGGUGACCAGCCAAACAACUGGUAACCAGGCCGCAAAUGAUUCUCCUGCUCCCCAAGAGAACCAAACAGUUGGUAACCAAGCCGCAGACAAUUCUCCUGCUCCCCAAGAGAACCAACAACUGGUGACCAGCCAAACAACUGGUAACCAAGCCGCAGAUGAUUCUCCUGCUCCCCAAGAGAACCAACAAUUGGUGACCAACCAAACAACUGGUAACCAAGCCACAGACAAUUCUCCUGCUCCCCAAGAGAACCAACAACUGGUGACCAGCCAGACGACAACCGGUAACCAAGCCGCAGUUGAUUCUCCUGCUCCCCAAGAGAACCAACAACUGGUGACCAACCGAACCACUGGUAACCAAGCCUCAGACAAUUCUCAUCCUCCCCAAAAGCCAAGGGGAAAGGAAAAACCAAGUGGAAAGGAGGAAAAGCCAAGCGGAAAGGAAAAGCCAAGCGGAAAGGAACAGACGCAUAAAGGCUUGGGUAGAAAUGAAUCAUUGUCAGAAACCAAGGAUGGAAAGAAAAAGAAGAAGUCAUUCUUCCCCAAAAUGCUAACAUUGUUAGGCAAACAGAAGUCAAGUCGAAAUAAAACUACUUAACAUGUUAGUCUCACGACAACACUCUUUUUAAUACAUAAAUACCAUUUAAAUCA